AUGGCAAGCAGCUCGGGGGAAUCACCGCAGCGGCGAAAAUGGUUUUCGCGCAAUUCAUCCAAUGGGGAGGGUUCCGUUGAAAAAAAGGGCCCAACGAGAUGGACGAUGGGAAUCCUGGAAGACAAGGACACGAUCGAGGUUCCAGGCUCCGUUCUCUUGCUGGCCCCUGAUCACAACGAGCCGCUCGGCUUGAGGAACGCACCCGCAAGAACAUCUCAUUCCUCUAUUCCUGUCGGUGUCCUUCGCCAGGUCACCGAACCACCGCCUCCGGCAGAGGACCCCAAGAAGAAGACCAAGGAUGGGAAAAUCAUCUUGGAUCCUCAGCCUGAUGAUUCGGCCAAUGAUCCCCUGAACUGGCCGGUAUGGCGAAGAGACUCUUCGCUUCUCUCUCUCGGGCUCUACUGCCUCGUUGGUGGAGGCAUGACGCCCAUCCUGGCCGCCGGGUUCACCGACGUUGCCAGCGAUUAUGGGGUAGAUGUUCACACCGUCUCCCUCACGACAGGUCUGUACAUGAUGGGUAUGGGUCUGGGCUCCGUUGUGUUCUCUCCAACUGCCAUCUUGUGGGGAAAGCGGCCAGUCUACCUGUUCAGUUCCGUCCUGUUCAUUUUGACUUCGGUUUGGUGUGCCUUGUCACCAAACUUCGCCUCGUUGGUGGUUGCCCGUAUCCUCCAGGGUGUCUCCGUCAGCCCUGUCGAAUGUCUUCCUUCCGCCACCAUUGCCGAAAUCUUCUUCCUUCACGAGCGCGCAUUCCGCAUCGGUAUCUACACUCUGUUGUUGCUCGGUGGGAAGAAUCUGGUUCCUUUGGUCAGCGCUGCCAUUAUUCAAAAGUUGGGAUGGCGAUGGGUGUUUUGGAUCGUUGCCAUCAUCGUCGGGUUCUGCUCGGUCCUCUUGUUUCUUUUCGUCCCCGAAUCUUUCUGGGACCGUGCUCCGCAUCGCAGAAAGAAGUCCAGACCAAACUUCUUCCGCCGCUUCUCCUCGAAACACGAUGUGGCUCACCCGGGGGCUCAUGCCACCCCGGCUGUCACGCCUGCUCCGCAAUCACCAAUCACGGAAGCUGUGCCUUCACCCGAGCCUCCGAAAGCCGCGACCAGGGCGCAAGUCGGUUUCGCUCCGGAGCCCGAGUACCUAGAUUCGGAGCCCCGCGAGAGAGCAUCGCAAGACAUCCAACGACCCCCAACUGUCCAAGCCUCUCCUGCAAUUUCAGAGUCGGAAAAGCCGGUCUCCGACGGCCCCGCCUCGAGAACUCCUCACGACACUGAUAGUGAGUCGCUUUCGAGCUCUCGGUCCGGGCGAGAGGCGUACACGACCGUCUUGCGCGGCGCACCCCCGAAAUCUUUUGUUCAGCAGCUCAAACCCUUCAAUGGCCGCCUCAACAAGGACAAGUGGCACAAGGCUGCCGUCCGGCCUCUGAUUCUUCUGUCGUAUCCUGCCGUGUUGUGGUCAUCGAUCGUGUACGCGUGCUCGGUCGGAUGGCUUAUCGUGAUAUCAGAAUCUAUGGCCGUGAUAUACCGAGAGGAAGUCUACGACUUUGACGCCCUUCAGACCGGUCUCGUCUACAUAUCUCCUUUUAUCGGUGGUGUCCUCGGAACUGCCGUGGCAGGCAGAGUCUCGGAUGUCAUUGUGAAGGCGAUGGCGAGACGCAAUGGUGGACUUUACGAACCCGAGUUCAGACUCAUCAUGGCUCUCCCCGUGGCCAUCACCACGGUUAUCGGCCUGAUGGGUUUCGGCUGGUCGGCCGAGGUGAGAGAUCACUGGAUGGUGCCGACGGCAUUCUUUGGCAUAAUUUCCUUUGGGUGCUGUUUGGGAUCAACAACCAGCAUCACCUUCUGCGUCGACAGCUACAGACAGUAUGCCGGCGAGGCCCUUGUCACGCUCAACUUUUGUGUACAUUUGGAUUGGUGUCAUUCAGCUUAUCCUGCUGCUGUUCACCAUCCCGAUGUAUAUCUAUGGCAAGCGGGCGCGCAUGUGGACGGUGCGGAAGAACUUUAUGGAGAGGUUCUAGGAGAGCAUCGAGCGGAGAAAGCAGGAGAGGCUUCAUGUCAACUUUCAAAAGGUUGGACACAGGAAAUCGGAAUGAGACUUUUUUUUCUUUUCUUUUUUUUUCUUUUUUUCUUUCUUUUUUGGCGUUUUUUUAAAGACUUUCGUUUUAUGACCGCAUGGUUUAGUGUUACUGCAUUGCAUUUACAUGGCUGGUUUUUUUCUUUUUCUUUCUUUCUUUAUGGACUGGGCUGGGGGUUUGAUGACUUUUUUAAACGGUCUGUGUUCUGGAUAUGA